AUGGAAUUAGGGAGUCCAAAAGAUGACUUUGCAGACUCUCACCUUGACGGAAGCCCUCAGGUUAAGCUCAAUUUGCUGAGCCAGACGCAGUUGACAUUCCAACUUAAAUUCUUUGGCGAAGGCGAGCGAUUGGGCUUAGAUGUCUGCCUUGCACUCUUCGUGCAUGUGCAGUGUAGCAAAUUCGAAGUCUACCCAAUUACCUCCGCAUAUUGGUUUAAUUAUGAACGAUGCAUUGAUUUUGCAGCUCGCAGAAGAGUUCCGGCGGGUCUCACGAGGCAAUCUGGCUUGUUUGAAACCAUAUCACACAAAUCUGGGCUGCUAUCUCUUUGGUCCAAUAUACACCAGUCGCGACCUUACAGUGUUUGGAUGCCCUAUGAUGGCAACCUCAAUCAGAAUCUCUCAGCAAGGGGGCUGAAUGGCGUCCGUCAGAAGAGGAUUUGGGAAGUUUACAGUGCUUUUGGCCUUAUCAAUAUCUCCGUAGGUUAUGGAGCGUUAAAGGCUUCCAUAAUUGCCUCAAACAAAUUGGCACGCCAGCUAUCUACCACGAAGGACAAGCAGUACGCACGAACGGUCCCAUCAGGCGGCUAA